GAUUGGUAGUAUAUUAGGUCGGCGAUGCUAUCUAUCAUUAAAUUAUAGCGCUAGAAAACAUCAAUAUACCAGAAUCAAGACACAACCAUCGAGUCUGUAGAGCAAAAGUUUCGAACUCAUUUGACGAAACUCAGGAAAUUGGUGCUCUCCGACCGCAGCACCAACACACAGGGAAAGUUCAGACAUUGUCACCCCAAGCCAUGCAAAGCUGCCCCUGAUUCCCUGAUGGUCUACCCAAAAGAAGCAAAAGAAGAAGGGUUUAAUGCUUCCUCCCCAUCGCCCGCACGUGCCCUCUCCGAAAUCACGAGCAAACCACCCACAAUUCGCCAUCGAGUAGCCUCAAACUACCCAACUCUAUUCUCACUACACUUCACAACGGUCACCCCAACCCGCCUCCACAUUCCUACACCCAAAACCUACGUGUCUUGCAUCCCGUGCGCAAUCUACGCUCAAACCAUACCCUCAUCCCCGACGCUCGGUUCAGCCUACAAACGUAUUUCCAUCCCAUCGCCAACACCAACACGCCGAAAUAUUGGACCCACUGCGUAUAGUACUUACAUGUAUAGUAGGCGUGCUGGGAGUUGGAGUGUAUUUCUGGCUCCCACGUGGCGAAGCGGCGAUCGGCGCAGGCUGCUGCGCCCCGUCUGCAUGAGGAAGCUUUGGCACCGAAAUCUAAACUACAGGGGUGUAAAGUAAUCGAGAUGAGAUCGCGGGAAGAACCUGCUGGGUGAGAGGGGAUGAGAUUGAUGCGAGUGAGAAGUGAGGAAGUGAGGUGGUGUUGAGUAAAAGGUACGGGCUGACCUCAGCUUCCAGGCACAUACACAACAUCUACGAUCACAAAAUCACGAAUUGGGUAUGCAUCAAUGACUUCUUUGCAUCCUCACCAGUGACAGUACGCACAGUUUGGGUGUUGCUUG